AUGUGCUUCGUCAUGCCCAGUCACAACAGUUUGCAAGAGGAAAGAAGUUAGUUGGCUUUCCCUCGCAACACUGGAGAAGAUUCACAUUCUUGCCUGGUGAGAUUUUGAAGAAGGUGAUUUCAUGGAAGCGUUGGUGAGUUAUAGGAUCAGUCCGGUUUGUAAUAAUACUAGAAAAUUUGAAUAUCGUUUUCUUCCUCCGUCUGCACUAUAUCUGAGGAAGAAUAACUACGGGACUCGGAUUGGCCUAUUGAAGCAGUCCGUAUCAUUCAACACAACGGUGGCUUCUGCUCAACCAGUGGGGAGCUCAAAAGUGGGCCAUCCCGAAAACAUGCUGCCUUCCAAAGAGAUUCUUGAGCUUUGGAGAAGUGUUGAUGCUGUGUGCUUUGAUGUCGACAGCACUGUCUGUCUGGACGAAGGUAUUGAUGAGCUUGCUGAAUUCUGCGGUGCUGGAAAGGCUGUUGCUGAGUGGACUGCUAGAGCGAUGGGUGGUUCUGUUCCUUUUGAGGAUGCCUUGGCUUCUAGACUAUCUUUGUUCAGUCCUUCUUUAUCUCAAGUUCAGAAUUUUCUUGAGCAAAGACCCCCAAGGCUUUCCCCUGGUAUUAAAGAGUUAGUUGAGAAGUUGAAGGCUAAGCACAUUGAUGUUUAUCUGAUAUCUGGAGGCUUUCGUCAAAUGAUCAAUCCCGUUGCAUCAAUACUUGGGAUCCCAAAAGAAAAUAUUUUCGCCAAUCAACUGCUUUUUGGAAGCUCUGGAGAGUUUGUAGGGUUUGAUAGAAAUGAACAUACUUCAAGGAGUGGAGGGAAAGCAACUGCAGUUGAACAGAUCAGGAAGGCUCAUAAAUACAAAGCAUUAGCUAUGAUAGGGGACGGGGCAACCGAUCUUGAGGCUCGUAGACCAGGCGCUGCUGACCUGUUCAUCUGCUAUGCGGGUGUUCAACUUCGAGAAUCUGUGGCUGCAAAAGCUGAUUGGCUCGUUUUGGAUUUUCAAGACCUCAUUAAUGUGCUGGGGUAGCUCCAUUUGUAUUGAUCAGAGUCCUGUUGUGUUUUUACCCAAAGGUUAUGGCACUCCUCUCCAUCGAGGAUCAUGUAACUGCGAGAAAAUUGACGCCUAGAUAUUAGGUGUUAAUUUUACACCACACUAUAUAUUCUUCUGAGAGCCAAUAAGUUUUCUCCCCCGCUUUUUCCAUCA